AUGGCAUUUUCUGUGCAGCACGGGCUUUUAGCUCUUCUUCUGGCAUGGACACAGCUCGUGUCCUUCGCCUCGGCUACCACCUACAGCUACACGAUCACCUAUGGCGCUGGCAAUUACGUCUGCCACGCGAGGGUCCAGGUGUACAUCAACUCCUCCAAUCCCACUACCGCACCCGAAGCCGAUCUGCGCAACGUCUAUUGUGUACAGGCAUCUGGUGGGACUGGCACGUACGACGUCCCAGUCAGAGGAGAUAAUGGUGCGAUUACUGGCGCCUCAACGUACAUUAUGAAUCUCGGUCCAGCCACUAGCCGGGGCGACAGAGGAUUUGAAAUUGGUAUCGACCAGCCCGCGAUUACUUACGCAGGAAACGUCCGUAUCCCUGGUAUGAACCCUAGGCUCAACCUGUACACCAACGCCCGAGGCGAGCCACUGGGCGCGUGCAGCUACAGGCAGGGAGCAAUUGUACUUGCGCAGUCUGAUGGAAGCCCAAUGGAACCCUACCGUAGUUGCCCUGUUGGGAGUGUUCUUGCUGGGUCUAUUGGUCGAUGGUUGAUUUGCCAAGUUGGAUGUGGGAGGUUUUAG